UCACUGUGUUUCAGAUAAAAAAAGAUUCGGUGUAAUAGCCAUCCUGAAUGUCUCACUGCACCUGCUACAACUACAUCCUCCCUCCGGAUCUAAAUAUUUGUCGCCAUUGACUGUUGGCACCAUAUCCUAUGGAAACCAAAGACCUUGUGCAAACUUUGAAAACUCCAAUGGAGGCCAUUGGAUCUCCAUCCGAGGGCACGGAACAAAACCGGGGGAUUUUUUCAUUUAGCCGCCCGCCUCUCACCCCACCGUUCCCUGCGCCUUUUGCAUUUGGCCCCUCCGUUCCGUUCCGUCGCCCCUCCGUUCCCCUCCAUUCCGUCCCGAGCGGAUCCGUUCCGCCCACAACGCCGCCGCUUCCUUCCCUACCACCGCCCACCAGAUCGUCCAGCGCCGCCGCCCUCCAGCUCUUUCGGGUCGCCGCCGCCCUCCAGCUGGUCCACCGCUGUCGCCCUUCAUGGAGCGGCCUCCAGCGCCGACGCCCUCGUUGGAAGGAGAAUCUUGAGCUUGUUGAUUCAGUUUUGGACUCGGCAAGGAAUGAGUAUGUCUAUCUGCCAUCUGCAUUUGUAUGUCCUCCUGAGAUAGUUGUAUGUCCUAUAUGCAGGAUGUCGUGCGUGGGUUUGUCAUCAGUUGACUUCACCCGUUUAUUCAGACUAGGAGGCAAGCAGCUCUGCCAUCUGCUCCCAGUCAUUAUCAGGCACUUGAUCCCUCUUGCGGUACCUGUUGAAGAAGAGAUUUGGACUUCUGCCAACCCAGAAGCCAGCACCAAAGUACUGAAGUUUCAACUAUCCAACCAUAUGGAUGUUCAGGAGAAAAUCAUCUGUUUCGAAGAAGAGAUUUGGACCACUGCCAACCCAGAAGGCAGCACCCAAGUACUGAAGUUUAAACUUUCAACUAUCCAACCAUAUGGAUGUUCAGGAUAAAAUCAUCUGUUUCACAGCUUGUUGGUUGUAAUGUAGAUUAGCUAUCUGAGAAAAGAAAUCAAACACUACUAUGCUGACAGAGUGACCAUGUACAAGAAAUAUACUUAUUCAUAUUUUGAUAUAUGCAAUAGAAUGGGAAUUUAAUUGUACACUGGAACUUGUAAUCCAGCCAUCAUGUGGGUGUAUAUUGACUAUGAUGAUUGUUUCAUUGAGGUAGCUCCACAUCACUGAGAGCAAACCAGUUUCAUGUAUUUACUCAAUCUGAAAAUAUGUAAUGUAAUUGUGUUCUGUUUUUUG